AAAAGACGUGUUGGUUGGCAGGUCAGACCACGUGACUUUCCUCACCAAGAUGGCGGCCUCCUUGGGCAGGUUGUGUGUGACCGGUGUGAGAGGAGUCCUGAGGAGCAGGCCCCCAGUGUCUGUGCUGCCUGUUGGAGUUCGUGCGCUCUGCAACCCACCUGAAACGUUUGAUGUGUCAUCUCGGUAUAAAGAUGAGCCCUGGGAAUAUCUGAACAGUGAAGAGUACUUGGAGCGUUAUGGGAAAAAUCUAGUCUGGUCAAAUUACAGGAGGAACCACAAAGGACCGAUCCCACCACAGAAAACCCGAAAAAAGUGCAUUAGAGCGGGCAAGGUCUGUGGAAACCCAUGUCCAAUCUGUAGAGAUCAGAAGCUUCAUGUGGAUUACAGAAACAUCAGGUUACUUGAGCAGUUUAUUUGUCCACAUACUGGAGUGGUGCACGAUCCGACCAAAACAGGAGUCUGUAUGGAGCAGUACAAGAAGCUUGGAAAAGCCAUAACUGAUGCACAAGAGCAUGGUCUUCUCGAAGUGACAAUACAACGCCAAGAGGUGACCUUUGGAGAAUAUUCAUAUAAUCACGGAGCUGUGGCACAAACUCCUCCUGCUCCAGAAGGACUGUGGUAUUCCUGGUAUGAGUGGCAAGAACCACCAGCCAAAGAAGUGACCCGACUACGCAAGAUGUACAGGCCACACUUGAAGAAGAUGAUGGGGGAAGAAUAAAAAUGGGUGAUCAUUUCUUAUUAUAAAUGUGUAUAUUGAUACUUGAAAAUAAAAUGUUAAAUCCUGGGAA